AUGGAAAGGUCUUUGCUUCAGAUCUAUAGAGACUGGAUGAAAGCUUGCAGACAUAUGGGUAGAGAGGUAAGCAUUAAAUUAGAGCACAAAAACAGAAGCCAUUCGAUCUUUAGUAAGAAGAGAAUGAAAAAAGCACCAGUUUGAGACUGAUGCUGAAAAGAUUGAGGAAUUUAGAGAAGGGCAAAUAAGAGGACUCGGAAAUUACCUUAUAUACACAGUGAAAUCCGAGUUAAUUGACAAAAAACCUGAAGAUAUCACUAACUCCCCCCCCCCCCCCCUCCGUGAGCGAACAAAAAAAUUUUGUUCGCUCACGGAGGGGGGUUAUUUUUUUUUUUUUAAAAACAAUUUAUAUAUAAAUUUUAUAAAAAAUAUUUUUUUCGAAAUUUAAAAAAAUCCUAAUUUGCAAAAAUUGGGAAGCAAAUAUUAAUUUAAUUUGCAAAAUUUAUGUUUUAAAACGCAAUUUGUUUAAAAUUAAACACAGAAUUAGCUCUAGAUUUCAUUAUACUAAUUAUCACUUAUAUAUCAAAUUUUUUUUCCAUUAAAAAUUUUUUCUAUUAAAAAAAUUUUUGUUCACUCACGGAGGGUGGGUUUUUUGGUCAAAAAAUGGCGAUUUUUCUAAUGGUUUUGUUCGCUCACGGAGGGGGGGGGGAGUAAGUAAGUAA